AUGACUUUCGAAACAGACGACCAAAGCUCGGUGCCGUGCAUCUCGCUGCACAACUUCGAGCAACGCCGGACCGAGAUCAUCGACCAACUCAUGGAUGCAAGCACUCGCAUUGGCUUUUUCACUCUGGAGAACCAUGGCAUUUCGACUGAGCAGAUUCAGGACGCAUUCUCGCUCUCGCAAGAAUUUUUUGCACUGCCCGACGAUGUGAAAGCCAAAACCCCGCUCAAUGGCAAGAACAUGGGCUGGGAGAAAGGCGCUCAGAUCCGACCUUCGACUGGCACCGCCGACCAAAAGGAAUCGAUGCAGCUGCAAUUCGCUCGUAUGGAGGGCAUGUGGCCCUCUAACGACGAUGUUCCCAACUUCCGCGCCCGUGCUGAAGCUUUCAUGUUUGCGGUGCAACAGCUCAGCGUCAAGGUCAUGGAAUGCUUCGCCGAGGGUCUUGGACUGCCGCUUUCCACUUUCACCGAAGGCACGGUGGAUCCAGGUGUGGGAGAUUCUCAGUCGACGUUACGCCUGCUGCACUACCACAGCGUGGAAGGCAAAGAGUUUGGCGAAAGCUUCUGGAGGGCCGGCAGCCAUGCCGAUUUUGAUGUGCUCACCAUGCUCUUCCAGCGUGACCGAGAGGGCGGACUCGAGGUCUGCCCGGGUAGAGAGGUGGUGGGCGACUUUGGCCACGGAAACACUUGGAAGAAUGUCGAAGCUAGAAGUGAUCGGAUCGUAUGCAACAUCGGAGACCAGCUGAUGCGGUGGUCAGAUGACAGACUCAAAUCGACAUUCCACAGGGUCAGAUUGCCAAAGCAAGGCGAGCCAAAAGGCCCGCGAUACUCGAUCGCUUUCUUCAACCAGGCGCGCAGCAACGUUGUGAUCCAAGGACCUGGCAAGAAGUAUGCACCCAUCACAGGAUCCGAGUUUAUCAAGCAGGCAUUGGAGAGGAACAAGCUCGGCAUCGCUGCACGCUCUGCGGCCCCUGCCCAGUCGAACGAGAACAAAGCGACCACCUCUUUGUCUGCUGUGGCGGUCAAUUGA